AUGGGCUGCGGACCUUCCCAGCCCGACGCAGAAGACCAGAGACGUGUGCCUGUGCCCAAGAAGAGCUGGGAGGAGGGAUCCCAGGCUGAGGUCAGAGUGACUGAUUCUAGGGAAAAUCACAGCCCCCAGACUGAAGAUGCACAACCCAAGGACACUGUGGACAAGGCAGAAGACCUGGAUCAACAAGCCCAGAUGGGAAACUUACCUGGAACGAUUCCAGAAUGUUCUCCACCUCCUGGUAAAAGAAAUGGAAGCAUAAACUCAGAUCUGGCGACCAAUGGAUUAAUCAAUAAGCCCAAAUCUCUGGAGAAACGAGAGCGACAAAAGUCAUUAGACAUCCUGGAGGAACUAAUUGUUCAAGGAAUAAUACAGAGUCACAGCAAAGCGUUUAGACAUGGAGAGUCCUAUGAUGUCAUGGUGGAAACGACUGAGAAGCCACUGAGAAAGCCACCAGCCAGGCUGAAAAAACUUAAGAUCAAAAAGGAAGUAAAGGAUUUCACCAUGAAGGACAUAGAAGAGAAGAUGCAGGCAGUAGAAGAACGCCGGAAGACAAAAGAAGAAGAAAUCAGAAAACGGCUACGGAGUGACCUCCGACUUUUGCCUCCAGCAAAUCGUUCAGAUACGGCUGACCUGGGAGAGGCUGUGGUUCCAUUUGCCACAGGAUUGGCAACUGGGAGUUCUGUCCCAUUUGAAGCAUGUGACCCCGAAGGACGAGGGCCCUUGAAGAAGAAGAAGAGUACAACAGACACAGCCCUGAUUCCCAGGAGCUACAACUAUGAAGGUUUGGGUGUGGUGGAGUCAGAUAUGUCCUACAACCGAGAGGAAGACAUUUUCUAA